CAAGAGACCAGAAGAAGCACAGAAGAAGAGUCCAUGGUUUUUGGAGCCUUUAGUGUGCAGUUGGAAAGAUGCUGAUCUCACCAGUGCCAAGCGAUGCAGCCUGAUACCACCCCCAACAGGAGGGCACCAUUGGUCAGAAUGGAGGACCAGGAUAGAGUUAGCCAAGCAUCAAGUGUAGCCACCAUUUCCUACUUCCCUGUCAAAAAGGACAGUGACGGAAAAGUUCAAACAUUUGGAAAAAGAUGCCAUUCUGCUAAAAGAGACCCCAACUGUCCCGUUGUGAUCAGAGGGUGGCUUUAUAAGAAGGACAGCUCAGGUCUAAAGCUGUGGAAGAGGAGAUGGUUUGUCCUCUCUGACUAUUGUCUCUUUUACUACAAAGACAGCAGAGAAGAAUCUGUCCUGGGAAGUAUCCCACUCCCCAGCUAUAAAAUACUCUUUUGCACACCACGAGAAUGUAAGAAUAGGAAAUUCACCUUCAAGGUGGUGCACCAGGGCAUGCGCUCCUAUUUCUUUAGCGCUGACACCCAGGAGGACAUGCUGGGAUGGGUCCGAGCCCUCACUCAGUCUGCAGCCAUGGAGCCAGGCAGCACAAUGAACAGGCGCUGCUCCAGUUACCAGGAUUUCACUCACAUGGUGGACAGCAGUGAGUCUGUGGACAUGCCCCAGUCCCCAUCAGAAGGAGAGGGUCCCCAUCAGACCCACCGUCACGUCACCCGAGCCUUGAGUGAACCCGGUCAGCUGAGCGGAGGUCGGAUGGGAGCGUCACACUCGGAGCAGAGGGGAAGGCGGAGUGUGCGACACAGAAACUGCAGCCCUACUACUCGUACUCCCAGCCCUCAGCUCCGCUGCAGCCGCAGACCAGCUCCAAUCCAGGGCGACUCUGUGAUCUAUGUCCCAGUUGAGAACAGUCUCCAUGGCUCGGCGGACAUCAUGGGGACAAGCUCCUUGCCCUCUAGGGCUCAGCUGGGAUCAAGACCCCACACACCAGUAGGCCGGGUCGACAUCCGGCCUCAGGAUGAUCCAGCCCUCCUCCCUCACACGUUGUACUAUGCCCCUGCUUCACCAAAACUAGAGUUCAAAUCCACUCCUACUACACCAGUGACAGAGAGAUGGCAAAAGCCUAUGAGCACGUAUGGAUCAGUCCAUCUUGUCCCAAAUGGAAGAAGACCUUUGGGAAAGAGCUACUCCACAGGGGCAAAUGCAGACUUACUGCCUCCUUUGCCCCCCUCCUCCAGAGCUGCACAUGUUUCGCAACCACAACAUCACCACCACCAUCACCACCAUCAUCGCAACCAUUUAUCUGUGUGUGUGCUGCCGCCAGUAAUGCCCACUAAGCCUGAGCUGAGGGAGUGUCAGCCAAUCAGACCUCUGGAAAGUGAUGCUGAUGUUGUUUUGACACGGCUGUGUGGAUGUGACAAGCUGCUACAGUCUUUGUCAAUGGAGCUGGCCCAGCUACAAAUAGAUAAGGACAGUGUCCACUGUGCUUUAGAAGUGUCACGACUACAGCUGGAGGAGUGGAAGAACCAGGGGCCCCAGGUGUAUGAGGAAGUAAUUACCCAGAAGGCUUUGCUUCAGGAAGACUUGGUCACGAUUCGAGCAAGAAUGUGUGAUGUAUCUCUAGAAAUGGAGAAAGUGUGGAGCCAGUAUGAGAGAAUGGAAAGUGAACUGUCUGUAAUCCGCUCACAUCUUCAGCAUAUCUGCAAUUUUGGAGUGCCAGAGGAACAGUCUCAUGCCCAAAGAGAGCUGUGGAUGAUGGAGGACAUUCUAUCAGGGCUCAAAACCAACAGGGAACACUUCCGCUUCCUUUUGGGAGUACAAAGGCAUCACAUGUUUCAGCCAGCAUCAGCUCAUCCCGGCUCUCCUGUUCCUCUGAGUGAACGACUACAGACUGGAUUGCCAAUGGAUGUUGAUCAAGAACCUCCUGCACGGCCGCCAUUACCCCAGGAACUGAGCAAUGAUCAGGGCUGGACCGAGCUUCCCUAUGAGGGAGUUUACAACCACAAUGAACCUAUGAAAAGACAAGGAAACAGCCAGCCUGACCUGCUCAAUGUGAAUUCCCACACAGAUGCACCCGACUCAAGUACCUCUUCAAAGUGUACCACAGCAGACACCAACAAUCAUUUAACUAAGAAGAAUAGGAUGAGUGAAGAGGAGCAAAUUGACAGGAUGAGGAGGAACAAGCCGAAACUGACAAAUAAAAAGAAGCCACAAAGUUUGAUGACAAGUGUUCAAAACCAGUCUCAAACUUCAGAAAUACAUGAGGAGACCCCGUUUCCUUUACGAGUCACGCGAGUGGUCACAGCCAUCCUACCAUCAUCGCUUGUGGCUAGAAAAGUAUCUGUUGAAGACCCCCCGCCUGAACUGGACGUACCAUUACCAGAACAAGUCCAACAGGAGCCCACUGAAGAGAACAAGGAGCACCCACUAAGAAAAACCAGCAGGCAGCAACACCAGGAAGUAGUCAGGCCCUCAGCACUGGAGCCAGAGCAUUCAGCAAACCAAGAGCAGGAAGGAUGUGAAAUUCAAGCUCCAGAAACCAGGGAACAGGAGGAGCGAAGCAGUGCCCUUUUGACCCUGGAAGCACACCCUGACCUCUGCCUGACCCCAGAGCAGCGGGAAGCUAAACUGAGACGAGUAGAGCGCAUUCGGGAGAGAGUCAUACGAAGUGCAGUCAGAGAGAGUUCCUCCAAUCAACUUCCAACUCUGUGGAGAGAGGGCCAGGGCGCUUCCCAGGGGAACCAUGAAAGCACAAAGAAGCAACGGCAAACAAAAGGACGUGAACAAGAUGAUAAAACCAAAAGUUCCAAGUGUUAUAAAGAAGCAACUGCGUGUCAGGACACGGGUGAAAUGGAUCUUAACAAAAGCAAAAGUCCUUGUGGGAACAAAACAUAUCUCAAAGAAUACAGCGGACGAAAGGGAGUCGCCAAAACCAAACUCAGACGUCCAGCCUCACCGUAUCAUAUCUCAUCUUUGACUGUCUACCCGAAAAAUGGAAGCGAGGACUUUAUGUGUAGCAAAAACAAAGAGGAGCAGAAGCUUGAAGAGGCAGCCACUGGUGAUAAUGAAAGUAAUUUUUCAUCCACUGAUGUAAGAGCCCAGUGGUUCCUCUCUACGAGCCAGUGGCAGGCCGUUAUACCAUUGCAGAUCUCAGAGACACAGACGCCACAUGAGGAGGAGGCGCUGACAGAUGUGGACCACCAAGGGGCAGGUUUGGAAGAGUCCAACCAGAUGUCUCCUGAAGUCAGUGAAAGCUUGGAGAAGAUGAAGCAAAAUCAUUCACUGUUUUAUAAGAUUGCGUGUGAUAUAAGUAUUUCAGAUUCAGAUAUUACAAGGAAUGAUGGGAGUUCAAAUAUGCAGACUAUAACAGAGGAGCUGAUGAUCACUGAAGAUGGGGAAGCACAGAUUUCUGAUCAACAAUGCAAUGAACAAAACUCUGUACAAAACACAAAUUGUAAGUUAAAAGAAGUUGAUGAUGAAGAAAAUGUACAAAAUAACUUUCAAAAACAAGACAGCCAGGUUCCAGACAGUGAAUGUAAAAGCAUAGAAAGAGAUGAGUAUACACAGACGAGUAAAGAUUCAAACAGUGAGCAGGAAAAGCAGAUAAAUGUGGAUAAAAUAGGAGAAGUCAGGAAAAGCAGGAGUUUGGGUGAUACUAACAGUGAGAGCAGCAACUGUGAGGGGCAGGCUGAACACUUAAACUGUGGCAGUCUGAAUCGCAGUGCCUCUUUUGGAAAGACCAGAGUGACCGUGCUGAGAACAAGUUUGUAAAAUAAGAUAAUGGUUACUUUUGUACUUGGUUAUGAAUUCUGUGGAUUUAUUAACGUUAACUUUAUAUCUAUUGUGAAGAAGAUGAUUAAUAAGAAUAUAUCAGAUAUUCUGUAUAAACAUCACUGAACCUAUCCAUUUGUAAAAGCACUUCCACCAGUACUGUCUCUGUACCUCAUAGUUAAUUAGAAAUUAUCUGGUUUGAAAGUGAAGUCCAGUCUUGUCUAUUUCCACUGGCCCCAUUUCAGCACUACAUGAUCUGACAUGAUUGUUCCUGUCUACUUCUCCAAACAGAGCUCACUAAUGCUGACAUCAUACAAGUAUCAAGCGGACUGUAAUUGGAGAAUAGGCCAUUAAAAGUAUGAUGAGCAAAUCCCUUUCAAUGAAACUGAACAAAAAGUUGGUUUCCAAAACAGCACAAGAACAAAGAGUAACUGAGGAGAUUGUAGAUAAAAAGCUGCAACAUUUCCGUAGUAUUGGGGUACAAACAGAAAAAGUCUUAAAGAAUAUUUAUAUGUAAAGAAACCUCAUGCGCUGUCUUUCAGUAACUUUGUGUACUUGUAAUUGUAACUUGUA